AUGAUGACCACGAAGCGCACGGCCUCAGACGCAGACAUACAUUACGGUGAGCAUGUGGCCAAACGAAACUCGCUGGGGUACGAUGCGCGUACCCCCUGGCUACAGGACUCUAAAUCGCCUCCCACAUGGCGGACUCUAGGAAACCGGGCAGUUCGGCCGUCUCUGCCGCUCGAAAACAUGGUGGCUGCGGUGCAGGAUCUGAUAGACCCAGAUUUUGACCCUCUUAUUGCCAUUCUCGAUGAAGAGCCACGUUUUCUAAAGCCACUCCCUUCUCACAUAUCCCCCGAAGACCUAGAGUUUCUACGUUUCCGUGGAGCCCUCUCGAUCCCAGAAAGCGGGUUGCGCAAUGAGUUACUACGAUGCUACAUCAAAUGGGUGCAUAGCUUUAUGCCAGUGUUGAACCUGCAGGAUUUCCUAAGGUGUGUUGCGGAGAACGAUCCAAACGGCAACAUUAGCCUUCUACUAUUUCAAGCGGUGAUGUUUGUGGCAACGGCCUUUGUGGAUCUUAAGCACUUGCAAGAUGCUGGAUAUGCGACUAGAAAAAUUGCGCGGAGCGCGUUCUAUACGCGACUAAGAGCAAGUACAGCAGAACGUAUAUUUACUCUCCAGUGCUAA